AUGACGUGGCGAAAUGUCUUCAGAUUCCGAACCACCAAGCGCCUACGGGUGGUCCCAAGUUCUCACUGCAAAGCGUCGGGCAUUGACGACAUCGGCGAGAGAACUCACCUGCUGAACUCAGACCAAACUUAUGAUGACAGGGACUUCCCAUACGACCCCAAAGCCUCACCCACCGACGUCCCCCUCAUCCAAGAAGCAGGCCAAGAACUCUUCCAAAUCUACCGCAUCUUCCACCACGUCACCCCUCAAAUCCUGCGCACCUACCGCCUCCGGUCCAUCCUCUGUUUCCUCCUGGCCCUCUCCAUCGUCAUAAGCCAAAUUCUCUUCCAGGCGCUAGCCAUCCCCUGGAUCAACGCCAACUCUACCUCGUACAUGGCGCUCUCGGCCGUAAUCGGCGUCCCCGAAAUCCUCGUCCACAUCGUCGACUUGGUCUGGGUGCCCAUCACCAACGACCUGGACGCAUUCUUCCACGACAAGCUGCGCGAGUGGCCUGGUAUCCAUCGGAAGGAGAAUAAGACGGUUAGAGAUGCGCUGCGCAAGUGCGAGAAUGUGGACGAUAUCAUUCAUCUUACAAUCACGAAGAUCUUUAUUGUGAUUUUCUCGCUGUGUCAGGCGUUUUGGCAUAGAUUGGGGGGUUGGACCGUGCUGGGGAGCUUGGGUGUGAUUUUGGCGAAUUGGGCGUGGCGGUGGUGUUUGGGCCAGUGUGCAGCGAUACGGGAUAAUGUCGACAAGAGAGUGGAGAGGUAUAUUGCAUUCAACUACGGCACAGAGGAGAAGUACGAGAAAGCGUGGGAGGAAUACUCCAAGUCCAAAUUCGAGAGAGGGAGAUCAGACUUCGCGCGGUCCUUUACAUGGGAGUUGGUUCUCUUCUUGGCUAUCUUCUUUUUGACACCGGAAGGGACACAGCUCGCCAUAUACGCAAAGAUGCUGAAGGAUGUGUACUCUUUGGACGACCACCUCGACAAGAUCACCAAAAGCAGUGUGCCUUCAUGGACCUUGAUGAAAGCCUGUUACGAGUUCGACCUAUCGAGGAAACUUGAGUAUAAGGGUGACGAGGAAAUGAACCGGAAAAUGAGUCGAGAGUUGCCUUUUGCCUGGGACGAGGAAAUGGGGGACAAGCGAGACUGGAAGAGGCAUUUUAUUUCCGGGGGGUCCCCUUAA